GUGCUCGGUGGGGAGAUUUAACAGCUUGUCUUCUCGUAACUUGAUGCAAGCCAUGUGUUAAGUGCUUGUACACUCAGCUGAAAAGUCACUUGCCCUUAUUCAAGCUUCUCUCAGGAAGAUCAUUGAGCCUAUUGGGACCAAGAAGUGAGAAAAAAACAUCAGGUCUUCCAACAAGGAAAUUUUUACAUUGUCUGCCUUCACCCUGACGAAAGAGAGGAAUGGGCUGUAACAGAAACUGUGGGCUCCUCACUGGGGCUGUCAUCGGUGCUGUGCUGGCUAUCUUCGGUGGAGUUUUGAUACCGGUUGGAGAUUACCUUAUAGGCAAAGCAAUAAAAAAGGAAGCUGUCAUUUCAAAUGGUACCAUUGCUUUUGAAAAUUGGCUUGUGCCCGGAAGUUCAGUUUACAGAGAAUUUUGGGUUUUCCAUGUGCAAAAUCCUUCAGAGGUAUUAGAGCAAGGAGCACGUCCAAAACUUGAACAGAGAGGACCUUACACAUACAGGGUGCGGUAUUUACCCAAAGAAAAUAUAACUGAAAACUCUGAUGGCACAAUAUCCUACAUGCUGCCUAACGUUGCUCGUUUUGAACCUGAUAUGUCUGUUGGGUCAGAAAAUGAUACCAUCACGUGUCUCAACCUUGCUGUUGUUGCUGCGCCUGCUUUGUAUACAAACACUUUUAUACAACUACUAUUAAAUACUUGGAUUAAAUCUUCUAAGUCAUCCAUGCUGCAGAACAGAACAGUGAAAGAAUUACUGUGGGGAUACAAAGAUCCCUUCUUAAACAAGGUUCCCUUCCCCUUGGACCCAGUUCUGGGAGUCUUCUACCCAUAUAAUGGGACCUUCGAUGGACUUUACAAAGUCUAUACUGGGAAAGAAGAUAUUAAAAAAACAGCAAUAAUUGAAAGCUAUAAAAACAAAAGGAAUCUUUCAUACUGGGAAGGUCACUGCGAUUUGGUUAAUGGCACAGAUGGGGCAUCAUUCCCACCGUUUGUUAAGAAGGAUGAGGUACUGCGCUUCUUCUCCUCCGACAUUUGCAGAUCUAUCUAUGGAGUUUUCCAGGGCAAGCAGGAAGUGAAGGGAAUCUCACUUUAUCGUUUCGCAGUUCCUCGUGAAGCAUUUGCAUCGCCUACUGAAGUCGGAGAUAAUUAUUGCUUCUGCACAGAUGAAGUCAUAUCACAGAAUUGCACAUUAGCUGGAGUCCUAGACAUUAGUGCCUGCAAAGCAGGAAGACCAGUAUUUAUCUCUCUUCCACAUUUUCUUCAUGCAAGUGAUUCUAUAUUGCAUAAUGUUGAAGGCCUGAGCCCAAAUGAGAAGGAGCACGAGACGUAUCUAGAUAUAGAGCCUAUCACUGGUUUUACACUACAAUUUGCGAAAAGGCUGCAAGUAAACCUCCUUGUGAGGCCUGCACCAAAAAUUGAAGCUUUAUCGAAAGUUAAAAAACCUUAUGUUUUUCCUAUUCUUUGGCUAAAUGAGUCUGCUGUUAUUGGGGAUGACAAAGCAGAAAUGUUCAGAAAUAAAGUCACCGGUCGAGUUCAGAUGCUGAGUGUGCUGCAGUUGGCGUUAAUGAUUGCAGGUUCUGUGCUGUUCCUCGCAUUCAUGGGCUCCUUUUUCAUAUGCAGAUCAAAGAAAUUAAAAUAAGUAACAGAAGACUUCAGAGGUAGUCAAUGUUUUAUUGAAAUUUCAGCCAAGCAGCCUGUUAAACUUCAGAGACAAAAGGUAUGAUUCAAGGAACAGUCAGUCCAUAUGCUAUGGAAUUCAACAUGCUUUUCCAUUUUGAGAAGACCAACUCACUAACCCAAAUAAGCUGAUGUUUCUGAAGGUCCACACUACUGACAUCACUAAAGAGGCUACCAUGGAAACUAGGCUUUCAAAUAACUUUGAUUAUUUGAACCUUGUUACAAUUUUUAAAUGACAUUCAGGCACACUGAAGUUCAGGUGCAGCUGGAUUUUAGUCCACCUUCUGCCAUUUAUGCAACUUGCUACUUUUUUUUCUUCUGGGAUUUUCAAGACAAAUGAAUGCCAUUUGCUGAUGUUCUGUCUCCGAGCACAGACUGGGAAUGACAACACCUUUGAGCUCAUGCUGUGCUCUAGAUGCUCUCAUUGCAAUGUUUCUUUCUGUUCCUUUAAGGAAUGGAAGCUGCUGCAAUAGAACUGCUCCCUGUCCUCUAUUCAGGGAUGUGAAUUGCGUUGAAUGUGAAGUUUAUUAUGUAAAGUUACUAACUGUAAUACAUGAAGUUAAUAAAAGACUUAC